AUGGAUCCUCGAAGACCAAGCCUCGACCUCGCCACGGAGCUUACGUGCUCGAUUUGCACUGAGCUCCUGUAUCAACCUUUGACACUUCUUGACUGCCUGCAUACGUUUUGCGGCGCUUGUUUGAAGGAGUGGUUUGGCUUCCAGAAGGAAAAACUUGAUCGGGCGCCAAGCCCACCAGCUCCAGAUGCCGUGCUCUUUACCUGCCCGUCAUGUCGGGCAUCGGUUCGCGAUACCAAGCACAACGCUACAGUGGUCACGCUUUUGGAUAUGUACAUAGCGGCGAAGCCUCAUAAAGCGCGCACACCGGAAGACAAGGAGGAAAUGAACAAAAAGUACCACCCAGGAGAUCAAAUCAUCCCUCAUGUUACCACACGUGAGCGCACGGCAGAGGAGCGUCGGGCAGAGGAUGAGGAUAGGCGACUCGUGGAUGAAGUGCGCGAGAUGAGUCUUCGGGAAGCAGAGGGAGGCGCGCCAGCGAUUCCGCCACGGCGACGCCGAGGAAGCAGGGCUACUGAGGAGCGCAUAUCCAGUCGUCGAGCAAGAGAUGAUGGCCGACCUCGCAGGACCGCUAACCACCUUGGAAUGCUGAGUGAUGGACCUCGGCGACAACUAAGCGAGUCUCAGCAGCGCCAAGUCGGCCAUCAGUCUUCACUCAGGUCGCUGAUUAGCAGCGCAGAUUUGAGCGAGCGCGACAUUGAGCGAGAGAUUGAGGACUUCGCGCGGCAGAUCCAGGAAGAAGGUUUACUUGACGGACUCGACUUGGACAAUAUCGACUUGUCUCGCGAUGAUGAGCUUAGUCGUCGAAUUACGGAGGCAUAUAGGCGACGACAGAGGGCUCGUACAACGAACCAGCCCGCGCGCCGGGAUAGUCCAACGAAUCGCAAUGAAGCGAAUGCUAGCCCACGAAACGGGGAAGGCCGUCUAGAUCCUCGUCCUCGGCCGCUCGAAGCGAGCAACUCGACCGCGACGCAGGACAGCCAGUGGUGGACGUGCCGCUACGAUACCGACUAUUCCAACUGA